CACACUUUCCUGCAUUCUAGUACAGCCCAUUCUCCCCUCUUCUGCUGCUUCUCCUGCUCCUUCAAGCCCAUGGGAGACUCUCCCUUCUUUUUGCUUUCUCAGUGGGCUGCACAUUCUCACCUUGAAGUGAGUGGAAAUGUCAGCUGGAAUGUGGGUUUGGGGGGAAAAAAAGAAUCUUGAUGCUUGUCCAAACCUACUCAUGUUUAUAUUGGAGCCUGUGAGUGACAUCAGAGCAGGGAAGAGUAUAAACACCAGCAGGACCUUACUCCGAGACUUUUAAAACUGCAAACACAUUGCUGCCUCCAAAGUGCCUGGGGACUGAUGUGCUGAAGUGCCAGAGAGUAAGGCAGCAUGAGAAGCCAACUGGAAAAGCAGCUUCUCUUCUUCUCUCUUCUCUGCGUCCUUUCCAAGGUCUGUACUCAGCUGUGCCGGACACCAUGUUACUGCCCCUGGAUCCCGCCCCGCUGCCCUCCCGGCUCCCCUCUGGUUCUGGACGGAUGCGGCUGCUGCAGGAUAUGCGCGCGACGGCUGGGAGAGCCCUGCAAUCACCUCAAUGUGUGUGAUCGGAGCCAGGGCCUCAUCUGUGAUUACAGUGAUGCCCGCCUGGAGAGAGGAGGAACCUGCAACUUUGAGGAGGGAGACGACAGCUGCGAGGUGAAUGGAAAGGUCUAUCAAGACGGUGAGGUGUUCCAGCCCAGCUGUAAGAUCCAGUGCCGCUGCUCAGACGGAGGUUUUACCUGCGUUCCCCUCUGCAGUGAGGAUGUCCGCCUGCCCACUCCGGACUGUCCCCAUCCGAGGCGUGUGGCGGUCCCAGGGAAGUGCUGUCAGGAAUGGAUCUGUGAGAAGCAAAACAGUCACUUCCUUCAGGAUGCCAAGCCAGCGCUUAGGCCGCCUGGGACAGCAUCAGCAAGCUUUUCCUACCUCUGUGAAGCAUGGAGCACAGAGUGGAGUGCCUGCUCUGCAACCUGUGGCAUGGGGAUUUCUACACGGGUGUCAAACCAGAAUCGGUACUGCAGGCUCGAAACUCACCAACGUUUGUGCAUGCUUAGACCCUGCCAGGCUCUCCCAGGAACAUCUAAUACAAGGGCAAGAGGAGGUGGUUUGUAGCCCCGCCCACACAGUUCAGAUUUUGGUGUCAAGACUUCAUCUCAGACUGACCCAAGCCCAGGUUGCUACGGUUGCAGCAGAAAUGGGUGUUCUACCCCCAAUGAAGCUAGGGAAGAACUGACUGACUUCAGCUGCAAAGGAGGAUGAAGAAUCUGGAACAAGAUCCCUGGCCUCUUGCUCGUGCCCAUUAUGGUUUCUCUAGACAAUGUGGGGAAAUCCUGCGAGGUGUAUUUUAAACCGUGCAGUGGCAACGUAAGCUUAUUGCCAGCUUGUGACCGCUGUUGUAGUAUGUCCCUUGGAAAUGAUGCUGUGUGGGUACAGUCACUCAUGGGAUCAUGCAUGAUCCCCUCUGUGGGAGAGUAAUUAUAAUGCCCCAGCAGGCCAGGCUGUCACUGCUUUUCCAAGUAGGUUUUUAUCAUUCAGAAUUAAGCAAUGGGGUUAGUCUGGAGUUAGCUUUGUAUGUGGAGUCUGGAGCUGUCACUCUCAGGCAGGUUCUGGCUACCCGCGUGAAGGGAUCUCUUAGGAGUGCCGGGAUCCCCCAGGAAAUGCUCAAAUGGAGCAGUCACUGCAGUAGGGGAGGCAAGGAGGGUACAGUAAAGCUGGAUCUUCAGACACAAAUGUGCUCGGCGUUCCGGGAUGGCUCCAAGGCUCACUGAAGUCGAUGGACAGACUCCCAUUGAUGUCAGUGGGCUUUGGCUCAGGCCCUGAGAGUGCUGAAGAGCGCAAUUCCCUGUACAUGGAUUUUAAAGCAUUAUUAAAGGUUAGCAGAUCUCUGCCUCUCCUCUGUCUGUAUUAGGGUCCCAUAUGGAAUGCUCGGCUAUCAGCACUGCCUAUGGGAACGUCUGGCUCGGACUAUCCCAAUGCGUGCUCUAAAGCAGUGAAUGCCUUCCCAAGCUCUGGGGCAGUAUCCACAGCAUCACGGGUGCUUCAGCGCAUAAGCACCAACUCCCUGGGUGCUCUGGGGCUGGAGCACCCAUGGGGAAAAAUUGGUGGGUGUUCUGCACCCACCGGCAGUCAAGCUCCCCACCCCGCCCCAGCUCACCUCAUCUCCACCUCUGUCUCCUCCCCUGAGCGUGCCGGGUCCCCGCUUCUCCUCCCAGUGCUUGCCGCUGCGAAACAGCUUGUUUCGCAGCAUAACAAGCUCUAGGAGGGAGGGGGAGGAGCGGGGAAUGCGGCGCGCUCAGGGGAAGAGGUGGGCCUGGGGCGGGGAUUUGGGGAAGGGGUUGGAAUAGGGACAGGGAGGGGUCAGA